AUUUAAGUUUCUUCGUAAACGUAAACAAAGCGUUUCCCUCAUCCAAUUUUUCCUGUUUUCUGUGCUAAAAACUUCCUCGAGAAUUGUAAAAAAUGCCCAAGAAAUCCAAAAAGUCAAAACAUCGCAGUCGAAGAGAUUCGAGUGAUUCUGACUCAUCCAGAGAUGACAGGAGGAGGAAGCAUAGCAAGAAAAAGUCCAGAAAGAGAUCCAGCUCAUCCUCAUCAACGGAGGAUUCAUCAAAGAAAUCGUAUGAGCUGAUGAAAAGGCUGGAAGCAAGAAGGCAGCAGGAGGUUUUGGAGCGGAAGCGUCGUCGGGAGGAGCAGAAGGCAAUGGAGACCCCAGAAGAGAAGCGCGCAAGGAGAUUGCAUGAAAAGCAGGCAAAAGAGCAGAAGCGCAGGGAAAGGAUGGGUUGGGAUAAGGAGUAUCAGCACUACACGAAUCAGGAUAAUCCCUUUGGGGACUCACAUUUGACAUCCACGUUUGUGUGGUCGAAGAAACUGGAGAAGGAGGGCUUGAAGGAUGCCACGACGGAGCAGCUAGAGUCCCUGAAUCGGCAUAAACAGCUGGAGAAUAAGAUUGAGCUGGAGAAGGUGAAGAAACGUCGGCAGGAGCGAGAGUUGGAGCGACAGAAGCGCGAAGAGGAACAGAAUAUGAUGCAGAGAUCCCGUGAGGCGGCUCAGUUUGAGGAAUGGGAGCGUCAGGAGGAUCAGUUUCAUCUCGAGCAGGCACGCCUGAGGAGUAAGAUAAGGAUUCAGGAUGGACGGGCAAAGCCUAUUGAUUUGCUGGCUCAGUACAUCUCUGACCAGAAUCUGGAUGACUGCCUGGAGAUGCAGAUGCAUGAACCUUAUACAUACCUCAAUGGGCUGGGUAUAAAGGAUCUCGAGGACUUGACGGCGGAUAUUAAGGUCUACAUGGAGCUGGAGAAGUCCAAGAAUUCCGAGUACUGGGAAGAUCUCACGAUUAUCGUGGAGGAUGAGCUGAGGAAGUUGCAGAAGGUACAGAACGCAGAGUAUCAGGCAACACUGGGACGCCGGGAGGGGAUUCAUCAGAGUGUGGCGAAGGAUGUGGGAGAAAUCUUCCGGGGGAAGACAACGCUGCAACUGGAGGAGCUCAAGAGGAAGAUUGAAGGGAAAAUCUCAGGGCAGAGUGAUGGUGUUGACGUGGGCUACUGGGAGAGUCUUCUGUCGCAGCUGAAAGCUCACAUGGCACGCUCGAGGCUCCGGGAUCGUCAUCAGGAGAAUCUCAAGCACAAACUGGAGCUUCUGCGGCAGGAACAAUCGCAAAUGGUUGAGGAUGAGAUAAAGAAAGAACCUCCAGACUCUCCACAGCCGGGAACGAGUCAACAACAGGGUGGCACGUCAUCCAUUGAGUCCACAGGAAGUGACGAAGAAACCUCUCGGGAUGCCACGGAAGCAGAAGGAAUUGUCGAGGAAGCCCUUAAUCUCUACAUUAAGGGCAACUACAGCCCCCCAUACAUCCGCGAUGAAGACCUGGAGCCCGGAACAAUUGUCAUUUCCGGCGAGGAUGAUCUCGAGAAGCUCGAAUACCUUCGAAAUCAGGCAAUAGGCCGAGAAGGAGAUGAUCCAGAUGCCAGUCAAGAUGAUCUCCGGAUGCAGAAGGAAGCGAGAAAGGGAAUGAAUGAUGAUGAAGCAGAAUUCGCCGUGGAAUCCAAACUAGAUGCCCAGAUCUACCUGUGGUCAGAUAAAUACCGCCCCCGGAAGCCACGGUACUUCAAUCGUGUCCACACGGGCUUCGAGUGGAACAAAUACAAUCAGACUCACUACGAUCUGGAGAAUCCUCCGCCCAAGAUUGUUCAGGGCUACAAAUUCAACAUCUUCUACCCAGAUCUCAUUGACAAGAACAAAACGCCCAAGUACUACCUGACUCCGUGUGCAGAUAAUCGGGAUUUUGCAACGCUUCGCUUCCAGGCAGGGCCCCCAUAUGAGGAUAUUGCCUUCAAGAUUGUCAACAGAGAUUGGGAGUUCAGCUACAAAAGGGGCUUCCGGUGUCAAUUCCACAAUAACAUCUUUCAGCUUUGGUUCCAUUUCAAGAGAUACCGCUACAGGCGAUAAUUUGGGUGAACCGGAAGUUCUGGAUUUUAAGCGGAUAAUAAAGUAUUUUUUAAGGAAA